AUGAAAAGUUUAUUGAUGGCGAUAAUUAGCUUAACUUCUGGCUCACCAAUGCCUGAAGUAAAUUGCGAUUCAUCAUCCGGCCUUGGCUGCUUCAAAAACUUCUUCGAACAAGCAAUGCAGGACGAUCUCCGCUUUCGCACCCAAAAGCGCUCUCCUCUCAACGAUUUCGACCUCGUCGACUACCUCGACGGCAAUUUCUUGUACUAA